GCAGACGUCUCGCGCGCGGCCCCGCCCCUAUAUUAGGGGUGGCCGCAGGGUGGGUCGCGUAGUGGUUUGUUGCGUUUGUUUGAGCUGCUUCGUGGAGCCGGUACUAUGGCAGACCAGUCUUUUGUGACUCUAGCCACAAAUGAUUCCUAUGUGAAAGGAGCACUUGUACUUGGUUCAUCCUUGCAACAGUCUGGAACAACGAGGAAGCUGACUGCACUCAUAACUCCUCAGGUUUCUGAUCCAAUGAGGAACAUACUACAGAAAGUAUUUGAUGAAGUCAUUUUGGUAGACAUCCUGGAUAGCGGGGACUCAGCACAUUUAGCAUUACUGAGAAGACCUGAGCUGGGUAUCACAUUAACUAAGCUUCACUGCUGGGAACUGACACAGUUUUCAAAAUGUGUUUUCAUGGAUGCAGACACAAUGGUUUUGUCAAAUAUCGAUGAGCUUUUUGAGAGAGAAGAGUUGUCUGCAGCACCAGAUCCAGGCUGGCCUGAUUGUUUUAAUUCUGGAGUUUUUGUUUACCGACCUUCCAUUGAAACAUACAAUCAGCUGUUACAGUUUGCCACAGAGAAAGGCAGCUUUGAUGGUGCAGACCAGGGGUUAUUAAACACCUUCUUCAGCAGCUGGGCAACAACAGAUAUGAACAAACAUCUACCAUUUAUUUAUAAUUUGAGCAGCACUUCUGUAUACUCUUACCUUCCAGCAUUUAAAGCAUUUGGUUCAAGUACUAAAGUGGUGCAUUUUCUGGGAAGCACAAAGCCAUGGAACUAUACGUAUGACUCCAGAACAAAAAGUGUAGAAGGCAAUAUCAAUGACCCUAAAAUUGUUCACCCAGAAUUCCUCAACAUGUGGUGGGAUACCUAUACAGUUAAUAUUUUACCCUUACUAGAACAGAAAGAAGUUGAUGAAGAAAAUACCACAAGUGCAAACAUGGCAGAGGUUACAGAGGCAGUGUCCCAUAUGUCGGUAUCGGCACCACCACCACCAGUAUUACCAACCAUAUCUUCAGAAGAACGCAAGGCUCGGUGGGAACAAGGCCAAGCUGACUAUAUGGGAGUGGAUUCUUUUGAUAACAUCAAGAAGAAACUGGACUCCUACCUUCAGUAGAAGUGCCAUUUUCAAACACUGGCACUACAAGGACUUGUUCCAGAACUAACAGCUAGGAAAGGUUGUAGAUGAUGGACAAUUAUGCUUGCGAGUAGCUUGAUGGAAAAAAUUCUUGGCUGAAGGCCUCUGCAGUGCUACAGAUAAAGCAAGAGCUAGGAAGCAGAAUUCCUUGGGCCAAUUGUAACUGCUUAGUAACUAAAAAAAGGGUUUUCAACUACAUUUUCCUUAUGUUGUGAUCAGCUGGCUCAGUGUAUUCAUUGAAACUGGGUUUGCACCUUAGCUCAUUAAGGUGAUUAGCAAUGACUCCUUUGCUUGCUAUUUGAGGCCUAAAAUGUGAUUUGUGAGACUGCUCAUACACAAAAUGAUUGCCAUUCUGCUUUACCGUUAGUGAGAGAUAACAGUAAUAGCACUGCUUUGAUCUUCUAGUCACAAUUGCACUGAUGUUUUGACCAGGUUUUUACACAUAGUGCCUACAGCAUGGCAGAAUGCAUUUGUUCAGUUCUGUAUUCUUCAGGCUUAGUAAACUGAGUUUUUCUGUUACUUGAAAUCUUCAUGCAAAAAUAAAAACUUGUCAUGCUUU